CCUCCCCCCCCGUCCGGGGCGGGGCUCGCCCGGCCGGUCCCGAUCCCGGUCCCGAUCCCGAUCCCGAUCCCGUCCCUCUCCCGGAGCCUCCGGAGCGGCCCCGCGGCCGCGGCGCUUCCCCCCCCGCGCCCCCUCCCCCGCGGGAAGGGGCGGUGGGAAUUCCGGAGCACCCCGAGGAGAUCCCGAGGAGAUCCCGAGGAUUGGGGGGGCUCCAGGAAUCCCGGAGCACCCCAAGGAGAUCCCGAGGAGAUCCCGAGGAUUGGGGGGGCUCCAGGAAUCCCGGAGCACCCCAAGGAGAUCCCGAGGACUGGGGGGUCUCCAGGAAUCCCAGAGCACCCCGAGGAGGAUCUCCAGGAAUCCCGGAGCACCCCGAGGAGAUCCCGAGGAUUGGGAGAUCUACCGGAAUCCCAGAGCACCCCAAGGAGGAUCUCCAGGAAUCCCGGAGCACCCCAAGGAGAUCCUGAGGACUGGGGGGUCUCCAGGAAUCCCAGAGCACCCCGAGGAGUCCCUGAGGAUUGGGGGAUCUCCAGGAAUCCCGGAGCACGCCAAGAAGAAUCUCCAGGAAUCCCAGAGCACCCCAAGGAGAUCCUGAGGAUUGGGGGGAGCCUCCAGGAAUCCCUGAGCACCCCAGGAAGAAUCUCCAGGAAUCCCGGAGCACCCCAAGGAGAAUCUCCAGGAAUCCCUGAGCACCCCGAGGAGACCCUGAGGAUUAGGGAAUCUCUGGGAAUCCCGGAGCACUCCAAGGAGACCCUGAGGAUUGGGGGAUCUCCAGGAAUCCCUGAGCACCCCGAGGAGACCCUGAGGACUGGGGGAUCUCCAGGAAUCCCGGAGCACCCCGAGGAGACCCUGAGGAUUGGAGGAUCUCCGGGAAUCCCGGAGCACUCCAAGGACACCCCGGGCCGGGCUGGAGCCGGGAAGCGGAGCCGCCGCCGCCCCCCCGACCCCCCCCGGGGGGCCGCGGCUCGAGGGGCUCCUGAGGAAGAUGCGGCUGUUCCGGAGCUCCAGCUACGAGGUGCGGCUGGAAGGGAGCGGCGGGAGCGUGUCCCGGAUCCAGGGAAUCCGCUGGACACCGAUCCCGGACCCCGAAUCCCCCCCUGGACUAUGGACACAGCAUCGCCCAGGCAUCCUCGGAGAGGAUCCGCAGGGCCGGGAAGCUCCUUUUCCUGCACCUCACCCACACCUGCCCGGGGCUCAUCCGGGACCACAAACACCACCUGAGGGUGCACAGUGCUGCUCGGGGAAGGAGCUCGUGGACUGGCUGCUGGGCGCGGGGUUGGCCCCGCAGGGCCGUGCCCAGGCCGUGGGCAUCGCCCAAGUGCUGCUCGACGGGGGGGUCCUGACCCACGGGCUGGGGCUCACCCGGGGGUGA